AUGACUACACCAACUUUUCAUGCUAAAUCGACUGCACUUGAAGUUGUGAAAGGUCUUAACGCAAAUCUUGAUAAACAACUUGUGUUGAUUACUGGUUGUACCUCAGGUAUCGGAGUUGAAACAGCUCGUGCCUUAGCAACAGCAAAUGCACAUGUAAUUAUUACAGCACGAGAUAUGAAGAAAGGUGUAGAAGUUGUAGAAGAUCUUAAAAAAACAACCGGCAAUAAUAAAAUCGAAGUGAUGGAACUCGAUCUAAGUUCACUUCAAUCAGUUCGAGAUUUUGUUGAUCAAUUUCGAGGACGUAAUUUACCAAUUAAUAUUCUUAUUUGCAAUGCCGGUGUUAUGGCAUGCCCAUAUGGAAAAACAGUUGACGGUUUUGAAACUCAAUUUGGUGUUAAUCAUUUAGGUCAUUUUCUUCUUACUACAAGUCUUAUACCUGAACUCAAAGCAGGUAAACCAUCACGUGUUGUUGUCGUUAGUUCACUUGCAAAUAGACGUAGUGGUAUUAAUUGGGAUGAUAUUAACUGGGAAAAAAAUUAUGAUAAAUGGCUUGCUUACGCUCAGAGUAAAACAGCAAACAUUCUCUUUGCUAAACAAUUCAAUAAAUUAUAUUCAUCAGAAGGUAUUCAAGCGUAUGCUUUACAUCCAGGUGGUAUUUUGACCAAUUUAGUUAAAUAUGUAACAAUGGAAGAACGAAAAGCACUGGGAUGGUUUAAAGAAGAUGGUACUCUUAUCGAUAGAUUUAAAAAUGUUGAACAAGGGGCAUCAACAAGUGUAUAUGCUGCUUUAGCACCUGAACUUGAUAAUCAUGGUGGAGAAUAUCUAGAAAAUUGUGCAAUAAGUCAAGGAGUAAAUCCAGAUAUGACAACAUUUUGGGGUAUGGGAACGCAUGCAGUUGAUAUGGAAUCAGCUGAACGUUUAUGGAAACUGAGCGAACAAUUAGUAGCAGCUAAAUAA